GCGCUGGGUUGCCUGCCGGGCAAAUCACGUCGACGACGCGCCUCGGAGUUCAGACAUUCAUCAUCAUUUCACUCUUUUGAUAACUUUCACUUGAAUCUUCCAGAAGCGAUAAGCCAAAAAUAUCACUGCUACCGAGAUCAGCUGCUUCCAAUUCACACUCCUCAGCUUGAUUCCAGCCAUGGAAGAUUACAAGACGUACCUGGCUGAGAAUGUCCUCAGCGAGGACAAGGUGGUCACGUAUCGCUUGCUAAGUCGGGCCCUGCGUGUACAUCCCAAUGUAGCCAAACAAAUGCUCUAUGAUUUUCACAAGACCCAGAGCACCAAGAAGCCCGGAUCUGUCUAUGCCACCUACCUGCUAUAUGGUAUCCAGAAGUCCGUGCAGCAUCAAAAUGGCAACGCCAUGGACAUCGACUUGCCUAGUUCGCUUCCCGACGCCGACCCGGUUGACGACGAUGAAGUGCCAUCAUACACCCUCGCACUUGUUCAGGAAGACCGACUAGCAGAUGUCCUCAAGGAUUACGAGACGAUAUCAUCGAUACAUGUGUACAGCGUCGGACCUCACCCAGCCAAGGACCUUACGCUGCUUGUCGAUGCCGCUCAAAGUGCGCUAGCCAUCAAGGAUGAUACUAAGAAACCCCGGCCCCGUACCAUCGUCAACUCUCACGUACGCCGAAGGGAAAGAAGGGGACCCGGGCUCAAGGCUGCCGCUCCCGCGCCCGUCAAACAGGAGUCGAAGGCUAAAGCAGCACCCACCAAGACGGCACCUGCUAAGCCAGCGCCAGCGCCCGCCCCUGCUGCCGCACCAGCAAAGUCGAAGGAGGAGAGCAAAUUCGCUACACCGGCUACGGAACCCGAAGCACCCGCUGCUGCCACAAAGAAACCUGCGCCAUCACUCAAGCGCAACACCUCUGCCGCCUCCGGUAUCAUGCAAGCCUUCUCCAAGGCCGCUUCCCUGCCCAAGAAGGCGAAGACUUCGGAAAAGUCUACUCCCGCUGCCGAAGACACGCCCGUUGCCCUAUCAGACGAUGGAGAAGACGAUGACGACGUCCCAUUGCCGAAACCCGGUGCGGCAUCUUCGCGGAAGAGCAGGAAGGAGCGGGAGGAGGAGCUGAGGAGAAUGAUGGAAGACGAUGAAGACGAGGACAUGGAAGAGAAGGCUGAUUCUCCCGCCCCAGAGGAAGAGGAAGAAGAGCCCGUCGUCGAGGAACCACCGGCCAAGGCUGAGGCUGCCAAGGAGGAGGAAAAAGAGAUUGUGACGACCACUGGGGAUGGAAGGAGGCGCGGAAAGAGGAGGGUUAUGAAGAAGAAGCAGAUCAUGGAUGAUCAGGGAUACCUGGUCACCAUACAGGAACCCGCAUGGGAGUCCUUCUCCGAGGAUGAGGCUCCGCCAGCCUCCAAACAGAAGCCCAAGGUUGCGAGCUCGGCGCCACCCGCGGCGGCCGGGAAAGCGAAGAAGUCUGCGCCCAAGGGGCAAGGCAACAUCAUGUCGUUCUUCUCCAAGAAGUAGUGGUGUGUGGUUGGCUUUACCAUUGCCAUCUGAUCAUUUUGAGUUCUACAUCCCCGUCUAGAUGUUUGAUAGAUCUUAGCGGUUCACCAGAAGUCAACGCGUCUUUUGCCUGUGCUAUCGUUGACUUGCUUACCUAUCUUUGGGAGUUCUUGGACCUUCUCAGGAGAAAUCUCAUUACGACUACUUUCGAUAUAAA